AUGUUCCUGGACAUCAAUAGAAAAUUGUUCCAGCGUUCGGACCGCGUCAAGGCCGUAGACUUCCAUCCGACGGAACCAUGGCUUAUGACAGGCCUGUAUAAUGGCAGCGUUAAUAUUUACAAUCAUGAGACUGGGGCGCUUGUCAAGACGUUCGAGGUCGCUGAAGUACCCGUACGAUGUGUACGCUUUAUCCCUCGCAAAAACUGGUUUGUUGCCGGCUCGGACGAUUUCCAGCUACGCAUAUUUAAUUACAACACGCACGAAAAGGUCACCGCCUUCGAGGCGCAUCCAGAUUACAUUCGAUGUCUUGCUGUUCAUCCCACUCUUAGUAUCGUUCUCACGGGAUGUGACGAUAUGACCAUCAAGGCAUGGGACUGGGAUAAACAGUGGAAAUGUAUUCGUGUCUUCGAAGGGCAUACGCACUAUAUCAUGAACCUUGUCUUCAAUCCGAAGGACACCAACACGUUUGCAAGCUCGUGUCUUGACCGUACUGUCAAGCUUUGGUCACUUGGCUCGUCGACUCCGAACUUCACAUUGGAGGCACACGAGAAGGGUGGUGUAAACUACGUCGAGUUCUAUCCUGGCGCGGACAAACCGUACCUUCUUACCACAGGCGAUGAUCGCACUGUCAAAGUAUGGGAUUACCUCAGCAAAAGCUGCGUGCAAACAUUGGAAGGUCAUACCAAUAAUGUAUCAUUCGCGAUGUUCCACCCGAAUUUGCCACUGAUCAUCAGUGGAAGCGAGGACGGCACGGUCAAAAUCUGGAACAGUGGUACUUACCGCCUCGAAAAUACUCUCAGCUAUGCUCUCGAACGUGCAUGGUGUAUCUCUAUUCGUCCACAGGCGAAUGAUGUUGCAGUCGGUUUCGACGAAGGAGUAGUCGUAAUCAGACUUGGCCGCGACGAACCAGCAUUUAGCAUGGAUCCCUCCGGAAAAUUGAUUUACACGCGCAACACCGAAGUAUUGUCCGCGAACCUCCAGUCGGCUGCGGACAGCGACGUAACCGAAGGUCAACGCAUUCCGAUUUCUACGCGUGAGAUCGGUUCAACAGAGAUCUUUGCAACAUCCUUGCAACAUUCCCCAAAUGGCCGAUUCGUCACUGUUGUGGGUGAUGGCGAAUAUAUCAUCUAUACAGCACUUGCUUGGCGAAACAAGGCCUUCGGAUCGGGUUCUUCAUUUGCAUGGGCUGGAGACUCUAACACGUACGCCGUGCUUGAGGGUCGGACAAAAGUUCGAUUAUUCAAAAACUUCAAGGAAAAGACUGGUUCAGCCUUGAAAGGUGUUGGUUCUUGGCCUAUUGAGAGCUUACAUGGUGGCACUCUUCUCGGUGCGCGAGCGAGUGGUUUUGUAGUCUUCUGGGAUUGGGAGUCUGGCGAGAUUGUUCGACGAAUUGACGUCGAAUCCAAGAACGUUUCUUGGUCUGGCACCGGCAGCCUCGUGGCCAUCACUUCUGACGAGUCCUUCUACAUUCUUCGAUUCAACAGGGACGCAUAUGACGCUGCUUUAGAGUCUGGAGCUGAAAUUGGUGACGAGGGUGUCGAAGAAGCCUUCGAAGUCAUUGCAGAUGUAUCUGAGAGUGUGAAGACGUGCAAAUGGAUCGGCGACUGCUUCAUCUACACCAACGCAGCAAACCGACUCAACUACCUCAUCGGUAGCGAGGCUCAGACCGUAACACACUUCGACAACCCGAUGUACUUACUCGGCUACAUCCCGACACACAACCGCGUAUACCUAUGUGACAAGGACGUUAGGAUCUACGGAUAUUCUCUCUCCCUGAACCUCAUCGAAUACCAGACCGCCGUUCUGCGCGAUGAUAUGGAUGCUGCUGCCGAGAUACUCCCUUCUAUACCAAAGGAACAGCGGAACAAGGUUGCACGCUUCCUUGAAGCACGUGACCUCAAAGAACUGGCCUUCCAAGUAACCGCCGACCCAGACCACAAGUUCGACCUCUCACUACAACUCGACGAUCUAGAUGCAGCACUUGACAUCGUACGCUCAUUACCCGAAACUGAGGCAGAAACGAAAUGGAAGUCAGUUGGGGACCGCGCUCUCGCCGUUUGGCGCUUCGACCUUGCUCGUGAAUGUUUUGAGCGAGCAGGUGAUCUGAGCGCGCUUAUGCUCCUCUUAUUGGCUAUUGGUGACCGAGACGGGUUGAGCAAGCUUGCUUCACAAGCUGAGGCGAAGGGCCAAAACAAUUUGGCUUUCGCAUGCCGGCUCCAACUUGGUGAUACCGAUGCCUGCGUUGACCUUCUCGUCAAAACUGAACGUGCACCUGAGGCGGCUCUCUUUGCACGCACAUACGCACCAAGUCUGGUUCCAAAAGCUGUCACCGCCUGGCGCGGCGAGUUAGAGUCCAAGAAUCGCAAAAAGCUCGCAGCAGCAGUCGCAUCACCUGCAGAAAAUCCGGAGCUCUUCACCGAAGGAUGGGAAGAAGCUCUUGAGCGAGAGAAAGCUGUACGAGCGCAGGGGCCUGGUGGUCUUAAGGUGAACGGGAACGGACCUAUUUCCGCUGACUCUUCGCCGAGUACGCAAGAUGCGAAGACACCUGAAUCGCCGUCGGAUGAUUCUGAUUCGUAG